UUUCAAUUCUUGAUUAUCAUUGAAACCAAUAAAAAAUUGAAAAAAAAAGCCAAACAUUUAGGUAAAAACACGUCAUUACAGAAUGAAUUGUUAAGUACGUCGAACAAGUAUUGAAUUGUACAUUUUUGACAGACAAGUUGACAGACAUCAUUUCGCUAUAAAUAACACCGGCCGCAUAUUGUGUUUCACAGUAGAACAAUUGUUAAAAAAAAAUAACAAAAGAGAAAGAAAAAAAGCGGUGUUUAAAGCACGAGUCACAUGCAACUGCAUGAAUCCAAACAAACGAUUAGAUUAUUGUAAUUAAAACCAAAACAACAAACUGUAGUGAAUUUUAAAAACCAAAAAAAGCAAAAAAUUGUGUAAAAAAAUGGUUGUUCGUCAAUAUGAAGAUGAGCUCAAAUAUAUUGAGAAAAUCAAUGAUUACAGCUAUCGAAUUAAGAAGGGCUUUCAACCGAACAUGAAAGUGGAGGGAAUAUUUUAUGUCAACAAACAUUUGGAACAAUUAAUGUUUGAAGAGCUAAAAAAUUCGUGUCGCCCGGGCAUGGAUGGUGGAUUUUUACCAGGUGUAAAACAAAUUGCAAAUGUUGCUGCAUUGCCAGGAAUUGUGGGUCGUUCAAUUGGAUUGCCGGAUAUUCAUUCAGGUUAUGGUUUUGCCAUUGGAAAUAUGGCCGCAUUCGAUAUAAAUGAUCCAAAUUCAAUUGUAUCGCCGGGUGGCGUUGGUUUCGAUAUCAAUUGUGGCGUUCGUUUAUUGCGAACAAAUUUAUUCGAAAAAGAUGUGCAACCGGUUAAAGAGCAACUGGCCCAAGGUUUAUUCGAUCACAUCCCGGUCGGUGUUGGUUCAAAAGGUAUUAUUCCAAUGAAUGCACGCGAUUUGGAAGAGGCCUUGGAAAUGGGAAUGGAUUGGUCGUUGCGUGAGGGUUAUGUUUGGGCCGAAGAUAAGGAGCAUUGUGAAGAAUAUGGACGAAUGUUAAAUGCAGAUCCAUCAAAAGUAAGUAUGCGAGCGAAAAAACGUGGUUUACCACAAUUGGGAACGCUUGGCGCUGGCAAUCACUAUGCUGAAAUUCAAGUGGUCGAUGAAAUUUACGAUAAAUUUGCGGCAAGCAAAAUGGGCAUCGAAGAAAAAGGGCAAGUUUGCGUAAUGAUUCAUUCGGGAAGCCGAGGUUUUGGACAUCAAGUCGCCACCGACGCUUUAGUUGACAUGGAAAAAGCUAUGAAACGCGAUAAAAUUGAAACAAACGAUCGUCAAUUGGCUUGUGCCCGAAUUAAUUCGACCGAAGGUCAAAAUUAUCUCAAAGCAAUGGCAGCCGCGGCAAAUUUUGCUUGGGUUAAUCGUAGCAGUAUGACAUUUUUAACACGACAGGCAUUCGCCAAACAAUUCAAGACAACACCCGACGAUCUUGAUAUGCAUGUCAUUUAUGAUGUUUCACACAAUGUAGCCAAAAUCGAAGAACACAUUGUUGAUGGUGUUCAAAAAACGUUACUCGUUCAUCGCAAGGGUUCAACUAGAGCAUUUCCACCACAUCAUCCACUCAUUCCGGUCGACUAUCAAUUGACCGGUCAACCGGUUCUUGUCGGCGGAACCAUGGGUACAUGCAGUUACGUUUUGACAGGUACCGAACAUGGAAUGACUGAAACAUUUGGCUCAACAUGUCACGGCGCUGGUCGAGCAUUAUCGAGAGCAAAAUCGCGUCGCAAAUUGGAAUAUACAGAUGUAUUGGACAAUAUGCGAGAUAUGGGCAUCGCUAUUCGAGUCGCAUCACCAAAAUUGGUCAUGGAAGAAGCACCUGAAUCAUAUAAAAAUGUCACAGAUGUUGUUGAUACCUGUCACGCAGCCGGAAUCAGUAAAAAAGCGAUCAAACUGAGACCAAUUGCUGUUAUCAAAGGCUGAAUGAUUUUAAUUCUUUGUUUUUGAUUUUGUAAACAAAUUACAAAUAAAUAUUUUUCUCCUGAUUUUUUUUUUAUAACAAA